CACUCUGCCUGUGACAGUGUCAGCCUGGACACCACUGGUAAUGAGUAACCUGGGACCCUGCAUGCCACAUUCUAUGGGCAAGCACAUUCAUUUCUAACUUGGCUGGACACACAAUCAGGAUUUUACUGUAGGUCAAGGUCAGUUCUCCAAAAUUAUGGUUUCGUUGUGAUGUAGCCUAUGUGAUACCUUGUAAGGCAUAGCAUCACCAUCUAUAGUGUUUGGGAGCAGCAUCAGACAAUAUUGUUGUCGUCUGACUGGUGUUUACAUGGGAGGAAGAGGCUGUUGACCAAACUGAGGAAGCUCUCUGAUAGGCACAGAGCGCCCGUGAUGAGUGCCAGACCGUGAGAGUUACCGCAUGCCAGCCCACUGAUGGAAUAAAUAUGGGAGAUACUGAAACAAGGCUGUACGCGAGUGGAACGGUGGGGGACGAAAUAACCUUAUUCCACAACGGUGGAACGAAUCGCAUGGGAAAUAAUGGGUCGCUAAGCUAUUGACUAGGUAUAUUUGACGAACUAUCGACGAUGUCAAACAUAGUUUAAAAAUGUUAUGACCUACGGAAUACAGAAGUGGCCUGCUGGACAAGAAAGUUUUUUUAUUUUUUUAUUCUACCCCUCCCACCGUUCCUCUGGACAAAAGCUACGUAAUUCCGGAGGACCCACUGAAGUCAGUGUCCAAUCAUACUUUUCCAAUCAUUCACAUUCCCAAGAUCCCUUGGAAAUGAGACCCCUUAAUGUGACCGUAAUUAAAAACAAUUUACAGAAAAAUACAGUUGCGCGUUCUCGGCAAAGCGCAGCAUCAGCACCAGUAGCCUAACUGAUGCGCGUCCCCGCCACGGCAGUCGCUACCCGAGAUCCCGGAAAGAGGAGUUGGAACUGCGCUAGUUAAAGUUGGGAAAAAGGGGUGUGAAAGGAUGCUUCCAUACCCGGUGGAAAGGAGAACACGAUCUACGAUCAAUUAACAUAGCAUGAGCGGAGACGCGUGUCCACUGUAAAGGAUGAUUUGCAAAAUAUUGAGCAUAAGCCUUUUAUUAUGGGGUUUUCAAGAGUGCUCAUCACAUGAAUGUGUGGAUCCCCUGGUGUCUCAGCUCUACGCCUCAUCCUUCCUGGCGUCAUCCAGAUAUAACUUUUUAUAUUCUGCCAACUUUGCCAAACUCUAUGGAAGCAGCGGCUGGUCACCAUCUCCCAGAGACAGACAGCCCUGGCUGCAGAUUGACCUGAAGAGGAAGUACCGUAUCCAAGCCAUCGCCACCCAGGGAACGUUCAACUCCUACGACUGGGUCACCAAGUACACCCUGCUCUAUGGAGACAGGCCCGACGCAUGGACGCCCUACAUCAUGAAAGGAGGCAACUCGACGAUGCCUGGGAACUGGAACUACUACCAGGUGAAGAGAAAUGUGUUCCACUACGCGUUCACUGCCAAACACAUCCGCCUCCUGCCCCUGAGCUGGAACACAGAGAAUGGAGGCAAGAUUGGAGUCAGGCUGGAGCUGUUUGGGUGUCCUUAUGACUCCUACGUGAUGCAGAUGAAUGGGGACGACUCUGUGUCCUAUAUGUUCCCCGGGAAAAGGUUCCGGACCCUGCAAGACCAUUUUGCCCUGAACUUUAAGACCCUGGAGCAGGAUGGACUGCUGCUACACAGUGAGGGCGUCCAGGGGGACAUCUUUACUCUGGAGCUGAAGAAGGGACGUCUUGUCCUCACCAUCGGGCUGGGAAGCAGUACCGUGAACCAGGUGGAUGGCCGUACCAGGAUGAGCGUGGGCAACAUACUGGAUGACCAGCACUGGCAUUAUGUCACCAUCAAGCGUCACGGUAGACAGGUCAAUCUCACCGUGGACGCCCACACAGAGACGGCAGUCUGCAAUGGAGAAUUUACCUACAUAGACCUGGACACUCAGCUGUAUGUAGGGGGAGUGAUCGAGCCCAAUUUACCCCACCUCCCAGAGAUCCCUAACUUCCGUGGCUGUCUGGAGAACGUCUUCAUCAAUGGAAUCAACAUCAUCAAAAUGACUCAGGACCAAGAGCCUGAGAUACGCAUCCCUCUGCAGAAAAAGAUGCACUAUGCGUGCCGCGACAUUCUGUGGAAACCCAUGACCUUUGCUGGGCCGGACAACUACCUUCAAGUUCCGGGGUUCUUCAGGAAGCCUCGGAUGUUUGUCAAGUUCAAGUUCCGUUCCUGGGACUACACAGGCCUGCUGAUGUUCACACGCUUCGCCGACGACCUGGGAGCCCUAGAGCUAGGCCUGAGUGAGGGACAAGUCAAUGUCACACUCUUUCAGCCCGGCAAGAAGAAACUGCAGUUUGCAGCAGGAUACCGACUGAACGAUGGUUUCUGGCACACGGUGGAUGUGACCGCCAGGGACAACCUGCUGUCCAUCACUAUAGACGAGGAGGAGGGCUCUCCGCUGAAGAUCACCAACCCCUUCACUGUCCGCACAGGGGACCGCUAUUUCUUUGGAGGAUGUCCAAAGACCAACAACACGAUCAGGAAGUGCGAGACCAAGCUGAACAACUUCCACGGCUGCAUGCAACAGAUAUUCAUCGACAACGAGCCGGUGGACAUCGACAUCAUCCUGCAGCGACGUUGGGGGCGCUACACCGAACUGUUGCUGGGUACCUGCGGAAUCACAGACAGAUGCACUCCAAACCCCUGUGAACAUGAGGGCAGAUGUAUCCAGUCCUGGGAUGACUUCAUAUGUCUUUGUGAAAAUACAGGCUACAAAGGGGAGGUUUGCCAUAUGUCGGUCUACAAGGAGUCGUGUGAGGCCUACAGACUAACUGGAAAAUCCUGGUCAGGCAAUUACACCAUUGACCCGGACCUUAGUGGACCUUUGAAACCAUUUGAGGUGUACUGUAAAAUGAAAUCUGACAAGGCGUGGACGGUGGUGGAGCACGACCGCAUGGUCGCCACCAAGGUGACCGGCAGCACGGUGGACCGCCCCUACGUAGGGGAGGUCCACUACUGGAACGCCUCCUGGGACGAGGUCACGGCGCUGGCCAACACCUCCAUGUACUGCGAACAGUGGAUCGACUACUCCUGCUACAAGUCACGUCUUCUCAACGCACCCAAUGGGAGACCUUACAGUUUCUGGAUUGGACGGAAUAAUGAGAGUCACGAGUACUGGGGCGGGGCUUUCCGUGAGAGCGGGAAGUGUGGCUGUGCUAUAAACCAGACCUGCACUGAUGCCAGAUUUCACUGUAACUGUGACGCUGACUACCGCCAAUGGUACUCCGACAAGGGUUACCUGAUGUGGAAGGACCACCUCCCGGUGAGGAAGGUGGUGGUGGGGGACACUAACCGCACCGGAUCUGAGGCCCACUUCAGCCUUGGGCCCAUGCGUUGCCACGGCGACAGAAGCAUUUGGAACACUGUAUCAUUCACCAAGCCCACCUACAUAGAGUUCCCCACUCUCAGACCUGGCGGCAGCAUUGACAUCUCCUUCCAGUUCAAAACCUACCGCCCACAUGGAGUGUUCCUGGAGAACUCAGAUGACUGGCUGCGUAACUUCAUACGCAUUGAGCUCAACACCACCCAGAACCUAGUUUUCAUAUUCAUGGUGGGAGACGGCAUCCUCAACGUAACACUGCGCUCGCCGGUGCCUCUGAACGACAACGAGUGGCACUUUGUCCAGGCUGAACUCAACGUCAAGUUGGCCAGAAUCAAGGUGGACUACCAGCCGUGGGCUGUGAGACGCUUCCCCGGCCAGACCUUUGUGACCAUGAAGUUCACCCACCCUCUUCUCGUGGGAGCAGCCAAUCGCACCCUGUGGCCGUUCCUGGGCUGCCUCCGUGCGCUGCGGAUCAACGGUGUCACCCUCGACCUGGAAGGCAAGGCCAACGAAGAACAGGGCAUCCGGCGGAACUGCACGGGCCAGUGUCUGAACGCCACCAUACCGUGUCGGAACGCUGCCCAGUGUAUCGAGGGCUACGCUGCCUACACCUGUGACUGUGGCAACACAGCCUUCGACGGAUUCUACUGCCACAAAGAUAUCGGGGCUUACUUUGAGAUUGGCUCAUGGUUGCGCUACAACAUAAGGAAGAAGCCCACUACCAACGAGGAGUGGUGGGCUAACUGGCUGGACCCCCACUACCAUAACUUCAGCCUGGGCUACAACGACACCAGCGAUGAGAUAGAGUUCAGCUUCAGCACAUUCCAGACACCGGCUGUGCUGCUCUACAUCAGCUCUUUUCUCCAGGACUACAUGGCUGUCAUCCUGAAGAAAGACGGAACAUUGGACAUGAGGUACAGGCUGGGCUUGAUUACCCACAAGUACCAGCUGUCUUUCAGGAACCUGGCAGACGGAUUCCCCCACUACGUCAACAUCACCAGACACAACCGGACCAUCAGGACGCAGGUGGACUACAUGGAGCCGAUAGUGGAGAAGAUCACGCUGGUGGAGGACGGACGGUUUGACUCGCCAAAGAACAUCUUCCUGGGGAGAGUUAUGGAGGUAGGCGAAAUUGACUAUGAAAUCCAGAGGCACAACAGUCCUGGUUUGGUCGGCUGUAUAUCUGGGGUACGGUACAACAUAUACGCCCCCCUUAAGACCCUCUUCCGACCCAACGAGACAGAACCGCCGGUCACCGUGCAGGGCUUUGUCUCUGAGUCUAACUGUGGGGCCUUCCCCCCUGUCCACGGAUACGUCCCCUGGGAGGCGGAUCCAUGGUUCACUACUAUAGAUUACAACUAUAUCCACGAUGACCUGGGCCUGUUUUGGUUAACAGUGGUUGUCAUCAUGGCCGUGAUAUUGCUGUUCAUAGGUCUGUAUAGCAUCUACAUCUAUCUGUACCGGUAUAAGGGCAGCUACCACACCAACGAGCCCAAAAACCCCCUGGAGUCUCCGGGAGGCAGCAGCUCCAGGCCACUGACAGGAACCCUGGAGAAGAAACGCUUUCCGGAGAUGGACGAAGGGUUCCGCAGCGACUGACCUCACGCCGACCAGCUCUGGGAGGAGAAGGGAAGGGUUUGGGCUUUACAACCAACACAAUACCUGUUAGUGUUUUAUAGUUCCCUCAUUUUUUAAGAUUUGUUUAUGAAUGUUUUUUUGUUUUUUUUAAUGUAUUACUUUUCCUGUUUUUUUCUUUUUCAGUCCCCAGGUAUUUGUGAUCUUAUGCCUGGUGCUAUAAUUAUGAUGGGAUUCAGUUUUGACAGGUAGAAAGUUCAAAUCAAGCCCAUAUUGCAUAAGUGACGACUGCCCAUGUCUCACAUUGUUUUAUAGGUUUGACUAACUGAAGUGCCUCGACAGAGCAAAACUAGUUCAGGAAAAUACCCAUGAGAUCAUCCAGGAUUUGAGACAUAAACCGAGGGAAUUUGUUUUCAGGUCACGUUGAAUUGUGACAUUCCACAUCUUAUCUUCAUAGAAGCCUCUCUUGGUUUUAAGGGGAAUUAUUUUAGGUGUUCAAAGCUAUAUGUCACUUAGAUCAAUGCCAUCUACUGUGUCACUCUUACAGACAAUCCACUUUUGCAGCCGUUUCGAUAACGCCAGUCAAACUGUCCCUUUCCAUGCUUUGACUGGUGAACCCGAUACACCCCAGAGAGAUGGUGCCAAUGAUGCAUCGACAACAUCAACAACAGCAACCUGCAUAAUCUGGCGACUGUAAACUGUGUUUAAAUGUGUUUGAAAACAGUGUUUCAUCCCUACUUAAGACCAAUUGAGGGGACUAUUGAAAGCAUGGAGCUGUUAGCUUUGAUAUGACGUUUCUAAACAAUAACAGAAGGUAUAUAAGCAUAUAUUAGUUUGUAUUGCAGCCUAUGAAAUUGCAUACCUAUACAAAAGACAAACGUGUAUUAAUGGUUAGUUUCAUUAGAUAGCAGCUUCGCCGAAUGUUAUAUGCUCUGCGAGGCCAAACCAACCAAUGGUCUUUCAAAAUCAAUCAAGCGGUCGAGUACAAUAAAUACCCCAUAGGGAAUACAGUUAACAUCUGGGAUAUUCGACCCUCUGUAUGUUCUUGUUCAUAAUCCUGAGACAGACAUAUUCAAGGGAUGGAGAGCCCUCAGAAGCCCUCUAGUCCUUCUAGUCUCUAGUCCGUCAAGUUGCCCAAAAGUAGUUUUACCAAGUUAUUUUGAGGCAAACAGUUGGUGCACUGCUGAUAUGGAAUGGAUAUGGAGAUGUUGAACAUAACCAGGGACAGGACUCUUUACUGCUACUAACUCUCAUCUGAGCUUCCUUUUCCAUUUGACUUCCAGUAGGGGUAGGGACACACGGCCGAUAUCCCAGCGCUGUUUCAGAUUCCGAGGCCCUGGGUUGAAACGGCCUCCAACUGCAGUCAUGGCAUGCAGCCUAGUGAGGAAUCAUUGUCACAAACAUCGUUCAGGAAAACACCGGCCCCACGUGAACAUGCACAAAGAAAAUCACCCAAGGUGACAUUUUGUAUAGAGGACCACAACGAUGUCAUUGUCACCACACUUGACUCUUUUUGCAUCCGGCUGCUCUGUAAAACAGUACAGUGCUUCUGCCGCGGUUGCUUAUUAGCUGCUUCUUAUGGGGAGGGGGGGGUUGUAGAGACUUAUUUCUUCAGGUCCAAUGAUAUUUCCGUUUGGAAAGUCACAGUUUCAGGUUUGACGCUGAGGUUAAGCUUGUGGAGGUGUUUUCCAGUUUGUGAAACUUAAUUGGGCCCAUUUAAUGUGUACUGUAGUAGCAGCCAAAGCUUAGGUCUCAGACAUCAUCAACCAGUGCCCGCUGAAGCUACUGUUCUAAUGUGCCACUGGAAAAAAAAAAAGACAUUUAGAAAAUCAUAAGCUAUGCGUACUUCGAGCAUGAUGACCGCACCUUGCAAUGAAUGCAAUAAAAUCAGCCGCUUCCAGCACAGAUCACUUAAAUAUGUUUUAUGACUACUCCGCUCGCUGUGUGGAUCCUUGACCUUGUGUUAACGUGAAUAUAUGAUUAAGGUGUUGAUUGACUUUUUAUUCCUAUGGUUUGUAUGUAACUAGGUGCAAGUGGGUGAAGGCUGGAAGUUUAUGUUAAUCCUAAUCAUGUCCGUGUAUUGUGGCUAGGCUCCGCAGCAAAACCUGCUCUGCUCUGUGUCUAUGCUGUACGCAAACUCACUAUGUAGAAAACUAUUCAUCGUAGCUUUCUUACAUGCUCAGGAUGUUGUAAAUACAGUACCAUCCCCCUUUCACGCAGAAAGAAUAGCAUUAUUCAAACAAAUUCAAAAUUUUUGCUUGCCUAGAUGGCAAAAGGGAUUACAAUAUGAAGUAAUUUGAAGCUUCAAUAGAUUUUGCAAUAAAUUGUGUUUUUGCAAGCAAUAUUUGUAAGGAGAAUAGUAUGACUAUUAACAUUGGAUAACAAGGCAAAAAUAUAGUAAUCUUCAAUAAAUAAUACGCCUUUCCCUGGGCCAUGUAGUGCAAUGUGUAUCCAAGUUAAAGAUCAAGAGAUGAAGACAAAUCCAUUAAAGUGCCACUGUGUGGUUGAUAUGAAUGUUAAAUACAAAAAGCCUUGACUGAUUCAUAUCGAUUUAUGUGCCAGACCAAGCCCAUUUCAAUGUCUAUUGGUCAAUGGUGGGUGAAUUUAUUUUCGGUCCCAAGAAUAUUGCUUCAUGUCAAGUUAUCAGUUAUUUAAUGCCAGAAAAAAAUGUUUAAGUCUAAAUGGAAAAUCAUCAUGGUGGACCUUGUGGUUUUUGGAAGCAAAUUUGUUCCUUGUGAAGAAAGGGAUGUGUUGUAUGUAAAGAAUAUCAUGACUUUAGGUCAGACAGGAUGAGGGGCAAGACCUUGCAGUCUGCAUUUUUUAUUGCUUUUCAUAGCACUAUCAUCUGGCUAAUCAGUGUAAUUAUGUAAGUGCCAUCAUAGGAUGCAUCGUUUACCCAUAUUCUGUCAAAAUAUGGAGUGAAGUAUGUGAGAUCGAUCUAGUCCCUUCCCUGAUGCCAUUGUAGGAAACAAUGAGAGCAUGUAUACCCUCUAAGAAAUAGGGACGAUGUGUUUGUAAGGAGACGGACAAUCACCUCUUACAGGGUUCAUAUUAGACAUGUCAACAACCUGGGUGAGAUGUGCUUUGAAGCCUUUUACGGAAGUCGUCGACUUAUUGAUAUACUGCGUAAAUAUAUACGUUGUAUUUUUUUCCGAAAUGGACUACAAUACAUGCUGCCUAGCAACGCCACACCUCAGUUAGUCCGUCCAUUCCUGGUCCCUGGAGUGUGGUUGAGUGUACAGUAGUCAUUCGUAGGUUUGUGUUCACCGUUCUGUUGGUCAUCCGGACCCCCCCCUACUGACGAGGACAGCCUCUGCAUUGAUAGUCUUGUCCCGUAUGAGUUCAAUAGGCCGAGGCCAAAUGUACAGCCCGAUGGUGGAAAUGAUCUGACCUGUUGUCGACCACCAGUGAGCGUGGAACACUGAGCAGAUGGUGGUUGGAUGCUGUCCAGGCAGGUGUGAAUUACUGACUACACUGUAAAACACCAUCAGCUCUUAGGCCUGUGCUGACUGGCUUUCUAAUUUGGAAAUAAGUGUAGGGUCCGCCUGGCCUAGGAUUGUCUAGGCGAAGGGAUUUAUUUGACCAUUCCUUUUCAAUGUGGGUGACAGUAAGGGUGACGAGUCAAGUUGUCUGUUUGGAAAGGGGAUUCACUUCAUAAGGUUUAGAGGGAGUGAGCCCAAAAGAAACCAGAGGAUUCUGUCAAUUCUCUGGGCAGUGUGACAUCACAUGACAGACUAUUGAAACCUGGCAUGAGGAAUAAGACCCAGACAGCUAGUGACUGACUGCAGAACUUUGUGUUUGUGACUGAAAUGCACUGAAAUUGUGGAGUUCUCUCAUUCUGUGAAAUUGGUUUUGUUCUGUAAUACAUUCACUGUAAAUGACCAUAACUAUGUAAAUCAAAGCAGAACCAAACUGACACUUAAAUAAAGGAGAUUGAAAGAAAUCAA